AUGUCUUCAAACUUAAGAGAUCUCCACCGCAUUGCCCCAUUUUUCGCCGCCCUCUUCGCCUCAACCUUCUUCGUGGCCAACUCCGCCACCUUAGCCCUCUUCAACAAAUGCAAAGAACCUGUUUGGCCGGGCAUUCAGCCCAGCGCCGGCAGACCCAUCCUCGCCCGCGGAGGCUUCCUCCUCCUCCCCAACCAAGCCUACUCUCUCCGCCUCCCCGACGCCUGGUCUGGCCGCAUCUGGGGCCGCCAAGGCUGCUCCUUCGACUCAUCCGGCCACGGCCGCUGCGCCACCGGCGACUGCGGCGGAAAUCUAUACUGCAAUGGCCUGGGCGGGACUCCCCCCGCCACUCUCGCCGAGAUCACGCUCGGCUCCACUCCCCGCACGCAGGACUUUUACGACGUCAGCCUCGUCGACGGCUACAACCUCGGCCUCUCCAUGCGACCCUUUCGCGGUGCGGGUCGCUGCGGUGACGCGGGCUGCGUUAGCGAUUUGAACGAGGUGUGUCCAGCCGGGCUGGCCGUUCGGGCCGGGCCGGGUAGUCGGGUCGUGGCGUGUAAGAGUGCUUGCUCGGCUUUCGGAUCGCCGAGGUAUUGCUGUACGGGGAGCUUCGGGAGUCCGCAACUGUGCAAGCCGACGGCGUACUCUCGGCUGUUUAAGUCGGCGUGUCCGCGAGCGUACUCGUACGCUUAUGAUGAUCCGACGAGUAUUCUAACGUGUACGGGUGCGAGUUAUCUUGUUACCUUUUGUCCUCAUCGCUAGAGGAAGGGUGUGGCCUGAUCUGCUUGGGCUGAAGGUUUGAUUAGCUUUAAUUUAGUUUCG